CGGUGGGAUCUGAGUGUGUUCGGGGGUUAAUGCGGCAGUGGUUCUGUCCACUGUGUCGAGGACUUCCUUCCCUCAAGCCCUGUCAUUCGCUGUGCCUCAACGUCAUGAAGGGCUGUCUGGCCAAUCAGGCCGACUUAGACUCUGAAUGGAACAAUUUCAUUGAUGCUCUGAUGGUGGUGGUGGAGAAACUUGGUGGGCCGUUUCAUUUUGAGUUGGCCGCAGACUCCAUCGCAGUGAAGGUGUCUGAAGGCAUCAUGCACAUGCAGGAGAACAGUAUUACCAUCUCUGCUAAGGUCUUUCAGGGCUGUGGGAUUCCUCGGCCAACUCCAGCCAGAAACAAACGCUCACCCAGAGAGAGAGACAGCAAGAGAGCCUUCAGGACCUACAGCGCAGAGGAGAAGCCCACCACUGCAUCAGGAACAAACCUGGACCGACUGGUGGAGGAGCUCCAGGAGCGUCUGCGGCCCAUGAGGGGCUUCUGGGUAGCACUGCCUCACACCAUCUGUAACGAUGAACGCAAGGCGGCUGACGUGACUGACGAGGACCGCUGCUGGAAUGGACAGACGCGUGGCAGAUACCUGCCCUCUGUUACUGCUGAUGGUUUGGUGAAUCAGAUUAAUAAUCCAGAGAUUGAGGUGGACAUCGCCCGGCCAGACGUCAAAACACGCCAGCUAAUCAUGGAGCUGCGAGUGGCUGUAAACAGACUGAGACAUGCUCAGAACGGACGAGACGCUGAUCUCAUCGAAAGUGAUGUGGAAGCCGGCAGUGCCUCUGGAAUUGGAGCUGAUGCAGGUGAGCGGUUCAGUGAUGAUUGGCCAGCUUACGGCUCGUUAUCUCCUCCUCGCAAUACUCUUCCAGUUGAUGAACCACCCCGCCCUCGUGAUGGACUCCGCCCUCGUGACAGGCCCCGCUCCCGGGACAUGCCCACCAAUAAAAGGAACCGGCUGAAUGGACGAAUGCGGUCAGAUGCUACAAGACUCUCCCCUCAUCUGCUGCCAUUUCUUCUCCUUCUUACUAUCUGUUUUUGUGGCCUUCAAUAGAGAUCAAGCUCUCUCCUGCCUGAAUGAGCACAAACACCAGCAGCAGAUCCACACCGCCACAAAUCAACGUCCCAUCUAACUUUUAUCUUUACAUUUGUUAAUUUUUACAAAGCAAAGUGCAUUCUGUAGUUCUCCCCCAUUGGUUUGUGGACUGUGGUCAGCUGAUUUUGUACAAUCAAACCACUUGGACUAAUUCGACAUCUUUCCUGUAAUUAUAAGGAACGUUAUUUCAAUCUGUUGACUGAUAUUUUUUUCCAUUAUGAUGUUUGUAUGAUAUUUAAUGUACUGUUAACUGUUCAAUUUGAAUUGUUGAUUUUAUUGACGUGUAUUAAUUAAUUUUGCCUCAUCUUCGGUGCGUGUGUAACUUAAGUGUGUAAGUGUGAGAACAAGUGGGUUUUUUUCCUGACAAAAAUGCUCUAAGUUUUCUGAAUGAGACAGAUGAAUGUGUAGAGAUGGAUUUGCAGACGUUCAGUAAGUUUUUAUUGUAGUGUUGUGCUAAAAUACAAUUAAAAAGGUUGCUCCAGAUGUGCUCAUGCUUUAUAGAGUGGUUUUGGUUCAUAGUAGCCACACUACACAUCAACCAGUCUGUUGAGUGGUGUCAAUAAAUGGGUUAUU